AUGAAGUUCAUCGCAACCAGCUCUGCUCUCCUCCUCGUCCUCGCCUCGAUUGUGAGCGGCACCACCGUCGCCACGGUCAAGUCGGACAUCUCUGCGAUCGACACUGCCGUGACCUCGCUCAACAAGCAGCUGCAGUCUGAUUCGCUCACCUACUUCUCGGCGCUCGCCAUCAGCCAAGCGGCUACCGCGCUCGAUGACAAGAUCAAGACCGGCACCACGGACGUGCAGGGUCUCACCGAGACCCCCACUGACGCUGACGCCCAGGACAUCAUCAACACGCUCACGGGCACCGAGAAGAACGUGAAGUCGGCCACCGACCGCCUGGUCGUCCUCAAGCCCCAGUUCACCAGCCUCGGCGUCCAGAGCAUUGCCAAGAGCAACAUCGCUACGCUGAAGACCGACACCGCCACGUUCGGUGCCGCCCUGGUCAGCGUCAGCCCGGCGAACGAGAAGGCUGCAGCUCAGAGCUUGGCCGACAAGUUCAACGCUGACCUGGCCAACGCUGCUGCUGCGUACGCCUAA